AUGGCUACAGGAUUCGGAGACCUAAACAAUACGUCAGCCGAGCGGGCUCGAACUGAACUCGCUGUAGACUCAGCAUACGACGGCGUUUCUCUGGCGAUACCCUCCUCAGAAGACGAUGUCGACAUUCGAAAACGCUACAGACCGUUUCUGCUCGAUGGAGAAGAAGCGAAGCAGGAUUGGGUCGCCCAGCUCGAGCUCAGCACGGCGUUGAAAAUGGUGGACACACAGGUUCUUAAGCGUGGCGAUGACAGACUACGUGUUGUUGUCUUACACGGCAGCAUGCGACAAAGAUCGUAUUCGCGCUUAUUAGCGUACGAGGCCAGCCGAAUCCUCUUCCGGCUCGGCUGCGACGUCCGCAUGUACGACCCCGCCGGCCUGCCCGUCAAGGACGACGUCCACCACAACCAUGCCAAGGUGCAGGAGCUGCGGGAGCUCAGUAAAUGGAGUGAUGGACACAUCUGGAUCAGCCCGGAGCAGCAUGGCAUUCUUACAGCAGUAUUUAAGAACCAGAUCGACUGGAUACCCCUCUCUACGGGCUCCGUGCGCCCAACUCAAGGCCGCACCCUCGCCAUCGCCCAGGUAAACGGCGGCUCCCAGUCCUUCAACACGGUUAACGCGCUACGAAUCCUGGGUCGCUGGAUGCGCAUGUUCGCCAUUCCGAACCAGAGCUCCAUUCCUAUGGCAUACAAGCAGUUCACAGAAGAAGAGGAGGGAAGCAGGCUUAUGCCUAGCGGGAACAGGGAUAGGUUGGUGGAUUGCAUCGAGGAAUUCGUCAAGUACACAAUUGUCAUGAGGCCGCAUUUUGACCUCUUCGGGGACCGGUAUAGUGAGCGGGAGGAGAAGAGGGCGAAGCAGAAGAAGGAAGCAAAUAAGCCGGCGCUAGAUACGCAGCAUGCGGCCUUGUCAAAUGGCACAGGACCUACGAAUUGA